AUGGAUUUGGAAGUAGACGAAAACAACCGGUUCAAACAUCUGUUUCUUGCUCUUGCGGCUUCCAUCACACCUUUCUUCUUUUCGCUUCAGCCAGUGAUUGUGGUCGACGGCACACACUUGAAGGGGAAGAACAAUGGCAUUUUGUUCGUCGCCGUGACAAAAGACGCAAACAAGCAAGUUUUUCCGUUGGCAUUUGGUGUCGGGCCGAUCGAGAAUGAUGAGUCAUGGAAGUGGUUCCUCUCAAAUGUGAGACAAACUUUUGGUCAGCCCGACAACUUACUAGUUGUCUCUGAUGCGCAUGUCUCCAUUGCUAAUGCUGUGAAGAGCGAGUUACCAAAUGCUACUCACGGUCUUUGCUACUACCACUUGCAGAACAAAAUUAAGGGCUACGGGCAAGCUGUUGUUGAGCUUUUCCGCCAGGCUGCAUACGCCUACACGGACUCAGAAUUUUCACGUGCAAUGUCGGCUAUGGCUCAAUUGAAGCCGGCGGCGUACGGGAAGUUGAUGCGCGUAGGCCCUGAGAAGUGGGCACGAUCACAAAGUCCGGUGACCCGUUAUAGUUUUCUUACAUCUAAUGCUGCCGAGGCUUUGAAUGCCCGUUUGUUGUGGGCCAGACGCCUUCCUAUAUGCUCCAUGCUGGAGGCAAUCAGGAUGGUUCUGGAGCAGUGGUUCAAUGACAGGCUUGCGUCUGCGGAAGAGAGCGAUGACCUUCUUACUCCAGAGGCAAAACAGAAGAUAAAUGCGGAGAUCUCAAAGAGUCGUCGCUACACUGCGAAGAGGACCUCCGAGAGAAAAUACAGGGUUCGUGCUGGUGAUCGUCGCUUCAUGGUUGACCUUCAAGCGAAGAGCUGUGAAUGCAAUGAAUUCGACCUGGACGGCAUGCCGUGUUCUCAUGCGAUCGCAGCCAUUACUGAGGCGAAAGAGCCAGUGGAAGAUUACGUGGAAGCUUACUACCUGCGGAGUUCACUGGUUCAAACAUACUCCGGUCCAGUAAAUCACUUGCCUCCCUUAGAGCACUGGGAAAUUCCGUUUGAAGUUGCAACUGAUAUUGUUUUGCCAAACCUUUCUCGUCGACAAGCUGGUCGACCAAGAGAAUCUAGAAUUCCUUCAGCUGGUGAGAGGCCGACUCAAAGGACCACAACAGCGGAUGCAUCAAGUAGUCUGGGAAAACGAGCACCCAAAACCUGUGGUCUAUGUGGCUCGCCUGGCCACACACGUAGAGCAUGCAAGGGUACGGGCUGGGAGCAGUAGUUUAAUUACCUUUUAUAUUAAAUUUCGAUGGAUAUUGAUGUUGGGAGUAUUGGAUACUGAUUGAAUAUUCAGUAGAGCUAGUUCAUUCCAGUAAGUGAUGUUCUGAAGU